AUGGAUAUAAAAUACAUCUUAAAAGAUAAGUUUGAUUUAAGAAUUGCAAGAUCUUUAGCUGAAGGUAGAGAGAUAAUUAAAUCAAUAGAUGUAGAAUCAAAAAUAAAUCUAUCAGAUGUAAUGAAAGAAAGAUAUUUGGAACAAGAUAUAAUAAAAACAAACUCACCAAUAGAAAUAGAAAAAAUAUGUUCAGAAACAGAUACAGAAUUAUUACAAGAAAAAGUUAAAGAGAAAAAAAUAAACAAAAAUUUAUUGUAUAGAAAUGCUUUAAGAAAAAUUUCUCUUUUUUCCGUUGUAAUUUUACCAAUAAUUUUUAUUGUAACAGAAAUCUUUUUGACAUCAGAUGAAGUACAAUCUCUUAAAAGAGAUUCUCUUUUGAUUAGUCUGUAUCUUAUGUUAUGUUCAUUUUUUAUUAUUCAUUUAUAA